CUCACCAGAAAAAAAUUGGUUUCUAGCUCUUUCGAAGAUAAUCUCACGAGCAAGCUCUUAUUUUAGGCUAGAGAGAGAAAGAGUGAGUUUUGGUGCCAUAGAAGAGAGAGAGAGGGAGGGGGGUGGGUGGGAGCUAUUAAUGGGAACUCUCCCCUGUUUUAGCCCAUUCCUCUCUCUCUCUUCAACCAAGAUUCCUUCUCUCUCUAGAAUAAGACCCAUCAUCGCCAUGUCCUCCAAAGCCCCUGAUACACCAACAGUGACCACAUUAAUGGUUACUUCUCCUCUCUCUAAACCUUUGUUACCAAAACCCAUUUGGGCUAAGCUUGGUCAGAGGCUCAAUGUUGCAGGGAUGUUGUCUUUUUUGGCUGUGAUUUUGAGGGACCAAGAAAUGGCUCUUCCUCACCUCAGGGCACAGGACUUGAGGUGGGUUAAUUGGGCUGAGCUCAAGAGGCAGGGGUUUGAGGGUGUGGUGUUGGAUAAAGAUAAUACUCUCACUGCUCCUUACUCUUUCUCUCUCUGGCCUGGACUUGGUAGCUCUUUGGACCAGUGCAAGUCUGUGUUCAAGGGAAAGGUCGCUCUUUUCAGCAACUCCUCUGGGCUCUUGGAGUAUGAUUCGGAUGGAUCGGAAGCGAAAGCCUUGGAGAAGUUGCUUGGAGUGCAUGUGAUCAGACAUGGGACAAAGAAGCCAGCGGGUACAGCUGAAGAAAUUGAGAAGUACUUCAACUGUGAGGCUUCUCAACUGGUUAUGGUUGGGGAUCGCUAUUUUACAGAUGUUGUGUUUGGCAAUAGAAAUGGAUUUCUAACCAUCUUAACACAACCAUUGAGCCUGGCUGAGGAGCCUUUGGUUGUGAAGCAGGUCAGGAAAUUGGAAGCUGCUUUAGUGAGUUCUUGGUAUCAGAAAGGCUUGCAGCCAAGAAAGCACAGUCGGCUCUCUGAUGAGAGUUGUUGUGUGCAAGAUCCAGCUUCUUAAGCUACCACUAUAUCUUUGUCGCUUCAUAUUCAUUCGGCUACCUCAACUUGGUGGCCUGUCUCAACAUCAACACAAAAAAAAAACUCGGGCGGUCCUUUUCUAGCAUUGAUGGUGCUUCUGUUACUGGAGAGCAUGCCCAACCAUGAUAGCCACCUACUCUUUUAUGGUGAGCAUGCAUAUAUGUAAACCCAUAUAUGCAUACAUGGAUGUGUCCAUUCACAUUAGCGUUUUCAUUUAUGCAUGCAUGGUCAUCCAUUUUCAAUUUUUGGGGAAUUGGUGGUGCAUCUGCAGUCUACAUAAACAGCAUACCUGAUUAACCAGCAGGUUCUAUAGAAGUUGAUAGUCCUUUCUCUUUAUUAGUUUGUAGAAGUUGAUGUUAUUUUAAUGUAGACAAUUCAAAGUUCUUGUCUCAUUUGAUGCCCAGCAAUUUAAACUCUUAUCAGUUUUUAUUCAAUCAGUUAUUUGAGAUUGUUAUUUCUUUGAGAUUAUGAUCUUAUGUAACUCAAACAAUUUCUUAUACAGUUGUGCAACUCAACUAUUUUUUA